AUGGAACUUCAACUUUCAGAAACUCAACGUGCUAGAUUAUUAGAACUUUACCAAAUUGACCUUGACCUCAAAUUAUAUGAUAAAGGAGAUAUUUUAUCUCUCAUAAGUGUUGCUAUUGAUACUGUAAAAACAAAUGAACAACGACUCUUUGCAUACUUGAAAUCCUGGUCAUUAUUAUCAAAGGAUCUUGUUGAGCGACAAUUAACUAUAAAACAACUGAGACAAGAAGUUCAACAAAUAACUGAUUAA